AUGGGCGGUUUGAAAAACACCCCUACCAUCAAACAUGGCUGGCCUCUAAUUCGCCUCUAAUUCGCCCAUAUGUUAUAAUAGAGCAAAACAAACAAACCCUAGUAGAUCCACAUAAACCCUAAUCCCCAAGUCCAAAUUUUCACACACAUAAGUUCUAGAUCUUUCUAUAACGGAACUGGUAAUCCCAAAAUCUAGACCCUUCCAUUUCUUUCAUACUUCAUAGGCAGAAGUCUCCAGACCCAUCUCCUUCUUCCUUUUUCAAACCCUAAUUUCUCGCUCUUUCUCAUCUCAUUCUCUCUGGUCUGGACGCAAACAUUCGCCUUUAAAGACUUUUCCUUUAUCUCUGAAAACCCAUAUUCUCUUUCUCUGAUCUCAAACAUAGUUAUAUUAAAUGGCCAAGUACGGAGAGGGCGACAAGCGAUGGAUUGUCGAAGACAGACCAGACGGCGCUAACGUCCAUAACUGGCACUGGGCCGAGACCAAUUGCCUCGAAUGGAGCCGAAACUUUCUCGCUAAUCUUCUCUCCAAUCUCACCAUCCUCGACGGCGAGGGAAAUCUCUUUGUCAAGACCAAAAAAGUUGACAAGGUUGAUGGCGAGGCUUACGUCAAUAUUCGAAAGGGGAAGAUUAUACCCGGGUACGAAAUCAGCGUUUCGAUCCCUUGGGAGGGCGAGGCCAAAGACGCAGAUGGGAAAUCUUUGCUCAAGGUGGAAGGAGUUGUGGAUAUUCCUUAUAUAGCCGAUGAGAAUGCCGAUGAGGACCCUGAAUUGAGGGUUUCUGUGAAAGAUGAGGGACCCGUUGGGAAGAGGUUGAAGGAGGCUAUUGUGGCUAAAGGGAAGCCUUUGAUUCUUGAAAAGGUUAGGGUUUAUGUGCAGAGCAUGUCGAAAGGUGGGCCUGCCAAGGAUGAAUUGGAGAACAAAAAGUUGGUGCCCAAGAGUAGUGGGACGACCGCAGCUCCGGCUCCGGCUCCUGUGGCAGCCAAGAAAGAGUCUGUGGCAGCUAAGCAAGAGUCUGCUGCGGAGAAGAAAGAGGUUAAGAAGAGCAAGAAAGGGUUUAAGACCAUUUCUUUGACUGAGAAGUUUAGUUGUAGAGCAAGGGAUAUGUUUGAGAUAUUGAUGGAUGAGAAUAGGUGGAAGGGAUUUACUAGUAGUAAUGCUAAGAUUAACAAAGAGGUUGGUGGUGAAUUUAGCAUCUUUGAUGGGUCUGUGACUGGUACCAAUUUGGAAUUGCAAGAAGGGAAGUUGAUUGUUCAGAAAUGGCGAUUUGGGAGCUGGCCUGAUGGGAUUCACUCAACGGUGAGAUUGACUUUGGAUGAGACUGAACCUGGAGUUACUGUAGUUAAGCUAACACAUACUGAUAUCCCAGAGGAAGACAGGUUGGUUUUGGUCAUAUUCCUAACAAUUUUUCAUGUUACCAAUUUUUUUUUUUUUGGUCAGAAACUUAGCUUAACUUUCUUUGUUGUUGAACAGAUAUGGGAAUGCGACUGUGGUGGAGAAUACAGAAAGAGGAUGGAGGGAUCUCAUAUUUCACAAGAUACGAGCGGUUUUUGGUUUUGGACUUUGAGAGCAUUAGCUUAUCUGAUUUGAAACUUGUAGAAUUUGUUAACUUUGAUUUAUUUUCUAUCAAUGAAGCAUAAAAUUGCAUCUCUGGAAUUGGAUAAUAUUGGUCUUGUGAUGUUGUGUACUGUCAGUAAUUUAGAUAUCGAUCUUUGGGGUGUUCUUCAAAACCCAAAAUUCAUAAUUGAACUUGUGUCUUCGAUAAGGUUAAGGCCAACCUGGCCAAGGGCAAUGUGUUAAAUUUGUCCCAUUUGAGUAAAGCUAAUGAGUACUUAUUA